AUUAGCACAAUAAUUUAAAAUAAUAGGGCUACAUGAAAACUGGAAGUCUACUUCGUGUUAAUAAUAAUUAACGUGGGCAUACAUGUGUGCGGCUAGAAUAGAGUUUAUUAUUUUCCAACUACUUCACGUGAUAUGCACGUAAAUUAGCGACCUUAAAUUUGAAUAGAAGCAAAUAUUUGCGGAGAUGUCAGAAUUAUACGAGUAGGCGAAUCUAAAAAUAAACGGAUACUGGUUUCCAGCUCCAAGUGUGCGCUCGGUUAGUGAGCAGAUGUUCUCGCUACAGGAGAAACGUCUCGGUUCACGUACUGCGAAGCGUCUUGCUCCGGAGCGGAGAGAGGCACCGAAUGCUGCGGCGCACCGGUCAUUACGAGAGAAGCGGGGCGUCAUGGACGAGUAGAGCCUAGAUUUAGAUGAAAAGAGGAUGUUUUUCAAAGUAUUUCAACCUCAACAUACUCUCCUCGUCUUUAUGUUUUAUUACUGAUCUAUAAAAACAUGUCUUUUCCGCAUACCUUUGUGAGCCAUCCCGAGACAGAACCGGUUUCACCUGAUCCUCCGCUAUGAUCGCGGCCAGCGCGUUUGCUCAACAAAGGGGAUCCCGGUAUAGAAUCGCUACGGACGGUCGGUCACCAUCGGACCCACGCGCCUCUUUAAUUUUCAAUUUCAACCGUGGACAGCUUCCAGAUAUUCUGGCUACCCUGGAGUCCGUAGAAAGCGAGUGCUGGGAUGGAGACGUGUUGUCGCAGCUGUAUGCCCUGUCUGAAGACGCUGUGGGACUGCAUAUGGCCCGAGUUUUACUAUCCGAGAGUAGCUCGGACGGCAGAGAUCCGCACGGUUUCAGGUGAUAUCCGGGUCCCGGCUCCGAAGAGGAAACCGGUGCAGCUGUACGCGGCGCUCUUCGACUUCGAAGCCCGCAGUGAGGAAGAGCUGACGGUGAAAGAAGGGGACAAACUGUCUGUCAUAGAAAAGAGGGGCGAUUAUGUUCUUGCCAAGAAGCUGACGGGGACCCUGGAGUCCGGACUGGUCCCUGCUAAUUAUUUGGCCCUAGUACAGGAUGAAUUCGCUAACUACAGAUGGUACUAUGGGAAUAUAAACAGACAAAAGGCUGAGAAGCUGCUUCUGAGUCCACAGAACAAAACGGGUUCCUUCCUGGUGAGGAUCAGUGAGAGCCACAGCGAUGAAUAUACUAUCUCCGCCAGAAGUGAAAAUAAUGUCUUCCAUUUCCGUAUUCAUCGCUCAGUGAUUGGUGCUUACUUUGUAUCUGACAAGAUCUCUUUUGGCACUCUGGAUGAGCUCAUCAGAUACUACCAGCACAACUCCAGAAGUCUGGGAUGCCCCUUAGACCAGCCAUGUGUACAGCAAAGGGAGUUGUUUGACAUGGAGCCAUGGGAGCAGCCGAGGGAGGAGUUUCAGCUACUCAAGAAGCUGGGGGAAGGCCAUUUUGGGGAAGUCUGGGAAGCUGUCUGGAUCACGAAGAAACAGAAAGUAGCCAUCAAGAUGCUCAAACAAGAGGACACAAAAUUGGAUGAGUUUGUGAAGGAGGUACAUGCACUGAAGAACCUGCACCAUCCUAAACUGAUUGAGCUGUUGGCUCUCUGCACACGAGGGGAGCCUGUCUACAUUAUCACUGAGCUCAUGACUAAAGGAAGUCUCAAAUCAUAUCUUUCUACACCGGAGGGUCAGGUGUUGACCUCUGCUCAUCUGAUCUACAUGGCUGGUCAGAUAGCAGAAGGAAUGGCAUAUCUGGAAGAUCGACACAUUGUCCACAGAGACCUUGCAGCGCGAAACAUCCUGGUUGGUGAAGACCUGGUGUGUAAAGUGGCUGACUUUGGUCUGGCUCGCAUCAUCAAGGAUAGUGUGUAUACCGCUAGUAAAAGCACCAAGAUUCCUGUACGGUGGACGGCUCCAGAAGCUGCUCUCUACCAGCGUUUCUCAGUCAAAUCUGACGUCUGGUCCUUUGGAGUGCUGCUGUAUGAGAUAAUGUCACGUGGAAAGAUGCCAUAUGAUGGGAAGAAUAAUAAGGAGGUUUUGGAGAUCCUGUCAACGGGGUACAGGUUACCGUGUCCACAUCGCUGCCCCCCAAACAUCUACCGCAUUAUGUUGGAAUGCUGGCACGCGGAGGCUUCCAAACGGCCCUCGUUCCAUGCCCUUCACAGUCAGCUGGAUAAUAUCUACUCCAGAAUCUACUUCAAAACCAUUGAGGUGUAGAAGAGGUGGACUGAAAAAGAAGGACUACAAAGAGGAUAAAAGAUUUGAUUAGAGAAACAGAAGCUGUUAAAGAGCAAACAUGCAUCUCCUUAAUCUGAAAGGGCCAGAUUAGCUUGUCACAGCGAAUCUUGAUCAUGAGUGGAUCAAGAUGUCAAGCACUGUACUGUCAUAAUAUACGUCUUUUACACUGCACUUAUUGUAUUUUGUGCUAGUGUUGAUCUGGCCCAUUCAGUUUCUGUAGUAAUAGGAACAGGAGAUUAUUUGGUGUGAUGUUUUCAGGUCAGAGUUUAUGUUUACAAAAGAUUCACCUGCCAAAGUAUGCACAGGUGUCGAAAUGGUGAAAACUAUGGACAUUUUAAAUUAUAACUGAGAGUGUUUAGCCUAUGUGAAGGCGGGCUGCACAAAUAACUGUUUUCUAGCAGGUAUACGAUCUUGAAAUGUGUGUUUAACACAGGAGCCUUAUGACAAAACUACCUGGGUAGGUGUCCUCAUGAUCGGUUUCGUAGAAAUCACAUCCAUGUCAGAAGCCAGUUGUCUUCCAAUGAAUUAUACAAGAUGAAUUCUUGAAUGAAUAACUCUUGAAAAUAAAAUAUUUUUUCAGUA